AUGAACUCCGCCCGACGCAUCCUCCAUAGCCGCCUAAAAACCAUCGACUUCCGCGCCCGUCAAAUCGACAUUCAGACAAGCCAGCCAUUGCGCACCAUCGCAGAACGAAGAUGUCUGCUCAACGCUCUGCAGAAAUUCGGCGAGGUCGCAACUUUCAUAUCGGGUAGAGACGACGAUAUAUCCAAGUUAACAGCAAUCUAUGAAACGCCCGAAGCAGCAUCCAAAGCCGUUGAUGCUUCCCCUUUGACUGUCCUACUUUCUCCUCCUCCUGCCCACACCGAUACCCCGGUACAUGGGCAUGAGCCUAUUGCCGAUGCAAACGUAACUUGCGCCAUCAACGCAGCCACAAACUCCCCAAACGCAAAUGAACAAAACGAAGCGCAAAUCCGCAGAAAUCCAUGGAACAAUUCCCAUACGGGGUAUACAUGGGACAAGAAUGAUCCUGUAAUCAGGAAUGAUACGAGGAUAGCCGACAUAAUUGCCGCGGGGGCUCCGAGGGGCGUGUUUGCGGACGGAGUUAUCGAUGCAUCAUAUCUACGGAGUGGACAGGGCGAGAUGUUCAAGAACAAGAAGCUGAAAGAAAGGUUAGAAACGGUAGAAUUGCAAGGGAGUUUAUUGGCGUUGGUGGAGGAAUAA